AAAAAAUUAAAAAGCUUAGGAGACUAGAAUUUUAACCAACAUUUUAUGCACUCUGAGUCUCAAAUUAAUUGUUUUUAAUCUUAGAGUACUCAAUGCUAGGGUAUGAACAGUGACAAAAAAAUUGUUAACUGUUACAAUAUCCCAGGUCUAUCAUUGGUUACGACACAAGUGCAAGUAUUGGAAGAAAACACUCCUGAACUUUAUCACAGUAAUUGUGUCUAAUUAAAAAUCUCAUGACUCAUUGGUAUAGUAAUGAAGAAUGGCACCAUAUAUAUCAUUAUCCUUUUUUAAAGCGUUUGUUCACGUUAGGAGACGAACCGUAUGAUAAAUUGUUUUUUUGUCAUUGGUUUGUUCCACCCGGAUUACGACUUGAAAACUACUCGAACAAAGAGCCCUUAUCCGCUUGCCAAUCGUCAGAGUCAUGGUUUCAUUCAGUGGAAGCUUUCACUUAUCAAUUACGUUAUGCAGUUGUUCCCGAUCCUGGGUAUUCCAUUUCAGCAUUAUCAGAAUUUCUUUAUCGACUCCUUUUGUGUUGUUUACCAACAACCAAUGGUGGUUUCACAGCUGACGCUCUGUUAUUGAAGAAUGGUAUUCUCGUACAUACAUGGGCAACCUGCAUUAUAAAUUUAAUUGAGGCAAUAGAUGAACGUCUCCUGUUAUUGUUUGGAACUGAUUUCCCCAAGCAUCUCGUUCGGAAUGCAAUGUGUUAUGAUUUGAUCUAUUCUGUUUUGCAAGUCAUUGGGUGGAAUGUGUUUCAUAUACAUAAACUUCGUCAUACCCCGUGUUAUCAUUAUUUUCCUUCUCCUGGAAGUCAUGAUUUUCGUUUAUUUGCCAAAAAAUUGAAACCAUUAUUGUACAAUUUGAAUACCUUAGCGAACGAUCAAACAUUUAAUGAUUUAACUCGAUUGAACCUUUUUAUCGACAAUUCAAGUACUAUCAGUACUUUUCAAAAAAAUCUACAGUUCUGUAGUACCAAUGACGAGUAAGUUUGUAGAUCACAUUCUGUAUUGAUCAUGGCAUUGAAUAAUCUGUAUGUAGUGAAUGGCCAUCUAUAAACUUAUCGAAUAAGAGAUUUCCUCCCGCUCAUUUAUUGAGACUGGUUGCCGCUCUUCAGUUGAAAUUUUUUUCGGAUUCGUCAGACAAUACAUCCAUCUUAUGUGAUAUUC